CCAUCGUCGGGGUGGUGGCCGUGUACCUGGUGGUGGGCUACGGCGCGUCCCUACUCUGCAACAUCAUCGGCUUCGGCUACCCUGCCUACAUCUCAAUCAAGGCCAUUGAAAGUCCCAACAAAGAUGACGACACACAGUGGCUGACUUACUGGGUUGUCUAUGGUGUUUUCAGCAUAGUGGAAUUCUUCUCUGACAUCUUUCUCUCCUGGUUCCCUUUCUACUACAUGCUAAAGUGUGGCUUCCUGCUGUGGUGCAUGGCUCCAAGUCCUUCUAAUGGGGCUGAGUUUCUCUACCAUCGAAUUAUCCGGCCUUUCUUCCUGAAGCACGAAGCUCAGCUCGACAGUGUUGUUAAAGACCUGAAAGACAAGGCUGCAGAGACUGCAGAUACCAUCACUAAAGAAGCCAAGAAAGCAACAGUGAACUUACUGGGUGAAGAAAAGAAGAGCACUUAAGCUAUUAACUGGAUAAAGUUUCCCUAGCACCUCCUUUAUGAAGCUUGAUGUUACUGGGAACUGUGGUAUAAUUUUAAGAAUAUUGCCUUGGAAACAUUUUGAUAUAUGAAAGGAAUGUGUUGUAAGUUUGCUUACUACUUUGCUGUGUCUGUAUAGAAAAUAAGCAUUUUUAUUUAAAAGCCAUGCAGUGGGCAGCAUCUGAAGCUUAAUGAAAAUACUUUAUUCAUCUUCAUGCAGAAGAAAUCUUUCAGUAAUCUCUUUCUGCAGUAAGAAAUCAACAGUAUAUAUCCCACAGGCUCUGCA